CGGAGUAUUUGAAGAGCAGUGAGCGCAUGAAUAUCACUUCAGCGGUCCGGAGGCAGGGUCCCACUCCAGAUUUAUCCGUUCCAUGAGGUCGGCACGCUCUUCUUCACAAGCACUCAAUCCUCUCCAUCCACGUGUCCUCUUAUCCAACGGCCCCCAUCCUCCAACCCCCUUCGUUUCCACAAACAUACAUCAUCGCCCACUCUCGCUGUCGCUCCACACUCACUCACUCCCCCAUCUCUCUCUCUCCAAGAACACAGAUAAAAAAAAUGCUUCUCAAAGCUGCGCCUGCGUUUGGUCUGUUGAAUUCGCAGGGGGAAAAUCUGAGCGCUCUGUUCGUCUCAACAUCCUCCUCGCUUGCGCUCAAGAAUCUCGACGGAAGAAACAGAAAUGGAUUCGUGGUGUGCGCGGCCAAGCACACCAACAGCAAGCCCCUAACCGGCGUCCUUUUCGAGCCAUUCGAAGAGGUGAAGAAGGAACUCAUGCUCGUGCCCAGCGUCUCUCAAGCCUCUCUCGCUCGCCAUAAGUAUUCCGAUGAGUGUGAGGCCGCCAUCAACGACCAAAUCAACGUGGAGUACAAUGUUUCGUAUGUGUACCACGCAAUGUUCGCCUAUUUCGAUAGAGACAACGUUGCUCUCAAAGGACUUGCUAAGUUUUUCAAGGACUCCAGUCUAGAAGAAAGAGAGCAUGCUGAAAAAUUGAUGGAAUACCAGAACAAGCGAGGCGGAAAAGUGAAGCUGCAGUCGAUUGUGAUGCCGCUGUCAGAGUUUGAUCAUGCUGAGAAAGGAGAUGCAUUAUAUGCUAUGGAGUUGGCACUAUCUCUAGAAAAGUUGACAAAUGAGAAGCUUCUAAAUCUACAUGCUGUAGCCUCUAAAAGCAAUGAUGUGCAACUGACUGAUUUUGUUGAGAGCGAGUAUUUGGGGGAGCAGGUGGAAUCUAUCAAGAAAAUAUCAGAAUAUGUUGCACAGUUGAGGAGAGUGGGUAAAGGCCACGGUAAGGAUUAUUCAGAACAGAACCCCACUUUUAGCAGCAAGUUUUCAUCAGUCUAGUUUCUGAUUCUUCUAUUAUUUGUUGAGCAUCAAUGAUGUUAAACUAUUUCUUGCAUCAUUGAGGCUUCUAUUUCUGUUUUACGAUUCUGAUAACUAUAUGUUUGCUUGGAAUAUUAGGUGUUUGGCACUUUGAUCAGAUGCUGCUUGAGGAGGUCAUUGCCUGAAAAUCAGUGGAUCUUUAUCCCAGCUUGCCAUCCUGCGCAGCCUACGACCCCCUUCGAUUUUGCACAGUGAACAUGUGUAUGCUAGUUCGGUAAAGAUGGUAUCGGUGCAUCAAGUUCAUAUGAGACUUGUUAUGGUUGCUUGUUGAAAUGUUAGUAGCAGUAUCAGAAAUUCUGAGUAGCUGAUGCAUGCGAGGUUUCACUAGAUUUUAAUCAUCUAUACAAUUUGACAUUUCUAUC